AGAUCUCCGGGGCCCCAGCAGGACGCCGCACUGCCCCACGCCCCCACCAUGCCUACCCCGGAGUCCUUCUCCGAAGGCCACGAGCCCAGCCACAGCCCUACAGAGGUACUACAAGCCACGGAGGAAGAGUUCCAGUUCUUGUGCUGCCAGGGCUGCCGGGCAGAAGCCAAGUGCCCCAAGCUGCUGCCUUGUCUGCACACGCUGUGUUCAGGAUGCCUGGAGGAGCCAGGCAGGCAGUGCCCCAUCUGCCAGGCGCCCUGGCCCGCAGGCCCUGACGCGCAGGCCUUAGACAACGUCUUCUUCGAAAGCUUGCAGCGGCGCCUGCAUGUGUACCGGCAAAUCGUGGACGCGCAGGCCCUUUGCACCCGCUGCAAAGAGCCGGCCGACUACUGGUGCUUCGAGUGCGAGCAGCUCCUGUGCACCAAGUGCAUCGAGGCGCACCAGUGGUUCCUCAAGCACGAGGCCCGGCCACUGGCGGAACUCCGCAGCCAGUCGGCGCGGGAGUUUCUGGAUGGCACGCGCAAGUCCAGCAACAUCUUCUGUUCCAACCCUAACCACCACAACCCUGCGCUGACCAGCAUCUACUGCCGAGGCUGCUCCAAGCCGCUGUGCUGCUCGUGCGCGCUCCUGGAUAGGGGCCACAGCGAGCUCAAGUGCGACAUCAGGACGGAGAUCCAGCAGCGGCAGGAGGAGCUGGACGUCAUGACCCAGGACCUGCAGGAGCAGGACCGCGCCUUUGGCGCGGCACAGGCGCAAAUGACCUCGGCCAUCAGCCAGCUGGGCCGCGUGCGCGCGGAUAUCGAGGAGCUGAUCCGCGUGCGCGUGCGCCAGGUGGUGGAGCACGUGCUGGAGCUGGAGCGUCAACUGCUGGAGGGGGUGAAUGCACGGUACCAGAGCAAUUACAAAGAGAUAGCAGGCCAACUGGGCCGCCUGGAUGCUGUGCUGCAGCGCAUCCGUACGGGCAGCGUGCUUGUGCAGAGGAUGAAGCUCUAUGCUUCCGACCAGGAGGUGCUGGACAUGCACGGCUUCCUGCGUGAGGCACUCCAGCAGCUGCGCCAGGAGGAGCCCCAGAGCCUGCGAGCUGCUGUGCGCACGGACAGCUUCGACGAAUUCAAGGUGCGCCUGCAGGAUCUCGUCUCUCGUAUCACCCAGGGCACAGAUGCAGCCGUUUCCAGGAGAGCCAGCCCAGAAGCUGCCCGCACUCCCAGAGACACUUUUGACGUUGACCUGCCAGAGGAGGCGCAGAGGGCCCAGGUGCAGGCCCCAGGAUUGACUGUGGUACAGCCGGUGCCGGGGGCACACCCUGUGCCAGUGUACGCCUACUCCAUCAAAGACCCCUCCUGCAGAGAGGAGGUCUCCAACACAGCCACACCACAGAAGAGGAAGUCCUGCCAGACCGAGUGCCCCAGGAAGGUCAUCAAGAUGGAGUCUGAGGAGGAGAAAGAGUCAAGGUUGGCUCGGAGCUCCCCUGAGCAGCCCAGGCCCAGCACCUCCAAGGCAGUCUCACCACCCCACCUGGACAGGUCCCCCAGCCCCAAGAGUCCCAUCAUAGGAAAUGAGACCUUCUUGCCCGACAGCAACCAUGCGACCAGCGACCCUGGGGAGGCAGAGGAGCGUGUCGUGGUGAUCAGCAGCUCGGAAGACUCAGAUGCCGAAAACUCGUCCUCCCGAGAGCUGGCCGACAGCAGCAGCGAGUCCAGUGACCUCCAGCUGGAGGGCCCCUUAUCCCUCGGGGUCCUGGACAAGAGCCUUGAGGACUCCCAAGCAGAAGACAGGCCCCUGGUUUUCUUUGACCUCAAGAUUGACAAUGAAACCCAGAAGAUUAGCCAGCUGGCAGCCGUGAACCAGGAAAGCCAAUUCCGCGUGAUCAUCCAGCCCAAGGCCUUCAACAUCUCCAAGGCCGUCUCCCUGGAGGUGGGGCUGCAGCACUUCCUGUGCUUCCUGAGCAGCAUGCGCCGGCCCAUCCUGGCCUGCUAUAAGCUGUGGGGGCCCGGCCUCCCCAACUUCUUCCAGGCUCUGGAGAACAUGAACAAGCUGGGGGAGUUCCAGAACGCCGUCUCAGGCUUCCUGGCCGCCCUGCCCCUCAUCCGGGAGUGCGUGCCCGGGGCCAGCAGCUUCAAACUCAAGAGUCUGGCCAAGACCUACCUGGCGAGAAACAUGAGUGAACGCAGCGCCCUGGCAGCCGUGCUGACCAUGCGCGACCUGUGCCGCCUCCUCGAGGUGUCCCCGGGCCCCCAGCUGGCCCCGCACGUCCACUCCUUCAGCAGCCUGCGGUGCUUUGCGUCCCUGCAGCCCCUGGUGCGGGCGAAUGUCCUGCCCCGGGCUGAGGCCCGCCUGCUGGCCCUCCACCUGGUCAGCUUCAAGGAGCUGCUGAGCGCACACCGCCAUGACCCGCAGAGGGGCCUGGAGGAGUACAGCUGCUUCCUGAGCCCACAGACACCCUCGUUGCCCGCAAGCCAGCCUGCAUUCAACCUGCAGGCUUUGGGCGCCUACUUCGAAGGCCUGCUGGAAGGGCCGGCCUCAGCAGGGGCAGAAGGCAUCGCUACCCCUCUGGCUGGCCAUAGCUUGGCAGAAAGGGCUUCCCAGCAGAGCUGA